GGGCCACUAAAUUCGCGUCACCCAGAUUUGCGGCCGAAAUAUUAUUUUGCGGUCGCCUCUCAUGGCAAGGGACAAGGCAGCAAAACAGUCUCAGUCUACCAUCGGCUCUCUCUCAGAGAUGUUACGAAGUCUAUCCACUUCUGCGCAGGCAGGAGAAUCCUUCGUCUGCUGGCAAUGUCUGGCAAGCUGGCGUCAAGGUGCGAGAGGCAAAGGCAGAGGGGGAGUGAGAGCAAGAGCAAGAGCAGGAGCAUGCGCAAAACCGUCCCGUCCAUUACCUCCAACGCCUCAGCAGAGAUCUCUUAGCACGUCAGUACGUAUCAUGCAUGCAAACUUUCGUCGACUGUAACACUAUCUAAUUGAACCCCUAGGUCGAUGCGCCAAUUCGUAUUUCUUAUGGUGGCCGUCUCCAACACCCCAAUGCAGCUAAUUCAAGAGAUCUUGGAUUAAACAUUCGCAACCGCCUGAGGAUUUGGGAAAGCCAAAGCGGGAGCGAUGUGGCUGCACUUGCUGCGCAGACCUUUCAAGAUGUUGGUCAAGCUGGUCGGGCUCUGAACACGACGGGUGUAACGGCCUAUACUUCCGUACUGGAUGAUAAUACGGAAGAUGAGCUAAUUGAGGAGUUCCACCCUUUUGCAGAGGAGGAGCUUGCAGACGUGGGUGGAAAGCGCACUUUCUUGCUACCGGGAGAUCUUGUAGAGUUACAGUAAGUUCAUAGGGAGACGAAAAGCGCACUUCGCCAGCUAAAUCUAAAUCUAGGAUAUUGGGGAAUCGAUACCAAGAGCUCGCAAUUUUCGUGCGCGAUUUGGGCCUACAGAGUCAAUUCUUUACCAUGUCUGGUCAAUGGGUACAACGGAGGAACACUCAUCCAACCUUUUAUGUACCGGGCUUUGUAGAGCAACGAGAGCUCGACGACAUUCUUCCGUUUCUUCCAAACUCAGAUAUUCAAGGAGACAAGCUAAACAAACUGACCAAAUUCCAAGAAGCGCUUCCUCAGCUUAUUGGUAAGUCGUGCAUCAGGAAGAUGCUCGAUUUCUGGAGACAAGCAGAUGAUGCUUUUGCCAAAUUGGCCCCCAAAAUCGAAGCCGCCCACCAAAUUCUCGCACACCCAUUUCGAACAACUUAUGCCAGCCUUGACGAGAUCGCGGGGAAAAUACUCGCCGAUAGCAACUCUAGAUUACCCGCGGGGAAGUUUCCCAAAACCACUCUAUACGCGAUCCAUCGCCGUCUCCUCGCGAACAACAUUGGAAUAUAUACCCAACAAAAAGGGACCUUAAGAGCAGGUGGUGAAUAUGGAAUUGUGUCUAGAAAUGAAGUAUCUGAGACUAGCUCAGUCACCCAGUUUGUCCGGGUCUACAUCGUGGAGAAGGCGAAAGGGGCCCCACCGGUUCGUCGUGGGCCUCUGGAAGGCUUCGUCGUCAAGUGCCAACGUUUAAUUGACGAAAGUCGAAAGCACCGUCAAUUUACUCCGUAUGGCAUGAUUGGUCCUUCAUCGGAGAAGUCUACUGGUACGCAGUAUCGAGAAGGCUGUGUUCGGGAAAAGUUUACACCCGUUGAGAACCUGUUUGUUCGUUUUCUAGAAUCGUGGGCUGGCUUAAAAAGCUUCAACCAAGGGGCGUUGACAUUGGAAUCAGUGGGUUCCCAAAUACUACGGAGUAUUGACCGUUACGAUGACGUGUUGAUGGAUGAAAAGAUAGCUUGGACUUUUUUACAAGAAAUUGGGAUCAUUCCUCCUUGGGAGACACGCGCCCCAUACGUGCUCCGACUUCCUCAAACUGGACAACGGCUGCAGACUGAGGCCACUGUGCCCGACAGAGGCUUCGUCGAAGAUAGACUGGCCAAUAUACGCAGAGACUGGGGGGACCUUCCUGCCUUCUGUAUCGAUGCUUCCAAUGCCCAUGAGAUUGAUGACGCCAUUUCCAUAGAAAAAACGGAUAACAAAGAUGAGCAUUGGCUGCAUAUUCACGUCGCCGAUCCGGCAUCACGUAUGGACGUCGCUGGUGCAGCUGCAGAUUUUGCGCAAAGAAUAGGCUCCAAUGUCUAUCUUCCAGAUCGCGUACUUAGUAUGCUGGAUUCUAAGGUAGUUCGGUCAGAAUUGAGUCUUGUCAGUGGGCAACAGCGGCCUUGCAUGACAUUCAGCGCAAAGUUAGACAUCGAGGGUAAGAUAUUAGACUUUAAUGUCUCUGCAGGCGUUCUUAACAACGUUGUCAAUCUCACCCCAGAAGUUUUUGAAGAAAUUGGUUUAGGCAAGAAGGUGUCUGAUGACACGAUAAUCUAUACAGUUGGUGAAACUCCUCCAGCCUCAUCAAGACCAUCAAGAAAAAUGUCCUCUGUCGAAGAUCUUCUUGAUCAUCAUGAGAGCUUGAAGCUCAUUAACCACUUUGGGCGACUUCGUUUGAAGCUGUUUAGAAGUCAAGGCGGAACUUACAUUGUGGCCAACAAAUUCUCUGUUGAUGUGGACUUUCGUGGCCCACGGUGGACUCAAUCUUUGAUUGGCCAAAGUUGCACCCACGCUGGCGACCCUACGAUCCACGUUUCUUCGAAAGGAAUAGGCCGAUCUAAAAAUGGCACAUUGUCCUACCUUAUGCACCUCGCAAGUGAGGUGUGCGCGAAAUGGUGUAACGCACGUGCUAUUCCAACCAUAUAUCGCGUUACCCCCCGCAAUGGAAGCGCGGAAAGUGCACCCGAUUACUUUCGAAGAGUUGUGGCUCCGAUUCUCAAAGAAGGGAAACACAUACCCCCCGAAAUUGAGCAACAGUACCAAACUUUGGUAGGUCCUGCUCAACCCUCCACAGUUCCCGGUCCUCAUAUUGCGGUUGGGGCGGAGAUGCUGGUGAAAUGCACAAGUCCCUUGCGUAGGUACGCCGAUUUGCUUGUCCAUUGGCAGUUAGGCGCUGCCCUAUUGGAAGAAUACCGAACAGGCUGUUCUCUCACGAGCGUCAACACAGAUGAAAAAAUAUUCCCAUUCACCACAGCACAACUCAACAGUUUGCUACCAAGAAUUGACACCCGUGAAAGGAUGAUCAGAAAGGCACAAAAGGAUGCAGAAAUGGCUUGGUUCAUGCAAUUCAUCUUCCGGGCCUGGAAGUUCAAGGAAGCAGAACUUCCCCCGCUGACUUUCAUCGUCAAGGAUUUCUUGAAGAAGGAAAAUUCCGAAAGUACAACUGGUGUCGUGACGCAGUUUGCAGUGCCCGCCCUGAUGAAAAUUCCAGAGUGGCUUGAAAUGGAUGAAAUAAGCCCCUCCGACGUGUUUGAAGUGGAGAUCGCAGACAUCGACGUUGUUGGAGGUCGGCUCACUGUUGAACCUACUCGACGAUCUGAAUCAGGUUCUGAAUGAAGGGAAAGAGAUAGUCAAGAUGUACCAAAUUAUUUCCACUCCUAGGGGAGAAUGUUUCGCCGCUCUAUGUAUAAAUUGGUGUACAAUAGUAAAAAUACGUCUAUUUUAGCACAUCUCCCUUUGUAUUAUUGAACGGAGUUUUUGGAUGGUAUUAUUGUAUCAUACCGUAGAUGGGUGGAAUGAAUUGGAAGUAUCGUUGCCAAGAUGGGUGCUACUGAAUUGUCGGAAAAUGAGACUAAG